AUGUUUGUUCGUUCUACGUUUCACCAUGGUUCACCACCAUUUCGAGGCCUCACAACAACUUCUGGAGUGAUAAAAGAUCAUCAACAAAUUGCAGAUAUCUUAGCUGACUUUCAUGAAAAACACUUCGAAGCUCCAGUGCAUGAUCCAAAUGUAUUGGCACAUGCAGAAGCGAUUGAUGCAUAUAAAAACGUUUCCUAUAUUCCAAACUGUCCGUUAGAAAAGAUUACUAUGGAAGAAGUGGAAUUUACUUGGAAACGGACUCGGAAGAAAAGAUCAACCGACGGUGAGGGUACUUCUGCGUUUCUUUUAAAACAGCUCCCCGAUGAAUAUUUAAACAUUGUAACAUACGGUUUUAAUAAAAUUGCGCAAUUAGGAUCUGUUUUAAAGUUAAGUAAACACGCCAUAGUUAUAUCAGGUGCACUUGAAAGUCGCUUUAGCACAAAUAUUUUAGAAUUAGGAAGACAGGCGGAAUUAGCUAUGUGUAUUUUGGCAAAAUAUACCGACGAUAAAUUGCUUCCAGUAAACGUUGAAAAAACAAAAGCACUUCUUGUUCACAACGUGGUAGCACCACAUUUUCCAGUUGUUAAGUAUAAAAAUAAAAUAGUUAACCUUGUUAAACUUUUUAAAUAUUUAGGUGUGGAAAUAACAACUAAAUUAGGUUGGGGUCAGUAUAUUUCCCAUCGGCUGAAAAUAGUUCGAAAGAUAUAUAACGCUCUUCAUCAUGAAUAUCAACUCCAUUUUCCAUUGAGAAAAGGCUUUCGUCAUUAA